GAGGUUGGCACCAGACUAUGCCAAAAUUGUGAAGAAAGAGGAAUGGCUAGAACAGGAAAUACAUCCGGCAAAAUAUGGCAUGGAACUGGAACUUCUCUGUGUUGAUAAGUAUGAAGAGUUGUACAAAAUUAUCCGCGGGAAAAGGAAGGGAUUGAAGGACUUUGCAGAGUGCAUCAAAUAUUUCCCGUUCCCAGUUUCAACUUUUCCAAAAAUACUUGGUCCACUUAUGCCUGGAUUCAGGGAUCUUAUUUUCCUGGCCAUUGACUUUGGCAAAGAGGAUAUCUGCCUCCGACUGGCAGAUAUUGGCGCUGAUCUGUUCAGGAAAGAAAAGUAUACCAUUAAGAACGCCGCCGGAGAGGAAGAGCCCGUGUAUAUGACGGCAGUUGAGAGAUCUUGGGAUCAGUACAUGACUGACGUUGCCGCCUUAUUGUCACGGAAACAAGAACACCGACGUCACCAGAGGAAGUCCCUUCUGCCCAAACGUAUUCACAGCCGUUUUCAGGAAGCAAUAGCCCUAAAACCAGUGUUAUUCAGAUCACUAUUCCUAGUUCAACCCGAAUCAUCCAGAUCAUAAACGAGUAACGGAAGAAGCCUUGGUAUUGAUGACAUUUUUCUCUUGUAACAGGGAAUUGUUCUUACCUACAAUGAUAGUAUACACUUCUGAUUUUAUCCGUUAGUCUCCAUGCUAUACAAUGCUGUAUCAUGGAUCAAUUCCUUGUUCUAUCAACACUUUUGGGUUAUAUAAGAAGAAAUAGAAUAUAAUAGAAACACAAGAUGCAUAUUUUCAUAAAGAUGUACAGCAUAGGGUAAUAAUCACAGCACAUUCCUCUUUAAUGUCGUUCAAAUUAACCUUCAAUAAGACGAAAUUAAAAUCUAGAAUUUUUUGUAGUCUCAUCUUUUCCUUUUCAAGCGACGACUUCAAAAUCUGUUCAAGGACUAAUUUGUUUUCAAACUGUUAUAAUGGUGUAGUUGAAGAUACAUUUUUGAGAAAAUUAAAAAAAUAAAUCAAAAGAUUGCCAGUAAUACGGUUAGCUGAGUGUAAAAUCUGAUCCUGUUUUUCUCUGUAUGUAUUUGAUGGCUCGAUAUUUUAUGUAACCAUUAAUUAUCCAUUAUAUAUUCAACAUGUACAUUGACUAUUAACAAACUUUUAAAUCACUCUUUUCCAAGCUCUCGGGCUUAUAGCCCUUCGUCAGGGAUUAAAUGUCACCGGACCUCUAUGUCACCUUGAGUUUGUCAACACGGAUGUGACAUAGAGGUCCUGUGACAUUUAAUCCCUGACGUAGGGCUAAGCCCGAAAGCUUGGAAAAUAGUGACUUAAAGUUUGUUAAUAUAUUGUAGCGUCCCCUAUAGGAACAUAUGUUUAUAGACAGUUAGCGUACAUUGACAAGAUAGUAAGGCCCAGAACUAAACGCAGUUGUUAAACCUCCUGUGAUAUGUUCUUUUACAUUUGGUAGAAUGCAUUAUACGUUUUGCGGGAUAUUUUCAUUUACAUUCAAUUAAAUACAUUAUCAAUAUAUUAAAGUAAUAUGUUGAUUUACACUUGGUAAACUGUAUUAAUGAACUCGUCAACAUUACUGUGUAGUAGUAUUCGUGUAUUGGUGACAUGUAAUGACGUGCGCAUUUAUAUUGUUAUAUUGUUAAUCUGUCAACCUUUAAAACAAGAACCUGGUUAUGCGAUAUAGUUUGGUCAUGUGAUAUAGUUUGGUAAUGUGAUAUAGUUUGGUCAUGUGAUAUUGUUUGGUAACGUGAUGCAGUAUAGUUUGGUAACGUGAUAUAGUUUGGUCAUGUGAUAUAGUUUGGUCAUGUGAUGUAAUUUGGUAACGUGAUAUAGUUUGGUAACGUGAUAUAGUUUGUUUAUGUGAUAUAGUUUGGUCAUGUGAUAUAGUUUGGUCAUGUGAUAUAGUUUGGUUAUGUGAUAUAGUUUGGUAACGUGAUAUAGUUUGGUCAUGUGAUAUAGUUUGGUCAUGUGAUAUAGUUUGGUAACGUGAUAUAGUUUGGUAACGUGAUAUAGUUUGUUUAUGUGAUAUAGUUUGGUCAUGUGAUAUAGUUUGGUAACGUGAUGUAGUUUGGUCAUGUGAUAUAGUUUGGUAACGUGAUAUAGUUAUGUGAUAUAGUUUGGUCAUGUGAUAUAGUUUGAUAUGUAAUACAUAUAUAUGGUAAAAGUUGACAUAGGUCAAGUUGGAGACAUUUAAUUCCAUUGGUUACUUAUUAACAAGAUUGUUUUACAUUGUAUCUUCAAGUUUUUGACAAGAUUAAGGAAUGUUUCUAUUACGGAAAUACGUGAAUGUGUUUAACCUUUACAUAAGGAACAAAUCUGUCAUUGUUGUUGUUAUUUUUGUGAGCGAAUUUAAAUCCUUACGGAUGUAUCAGUUCCAGCACUUUCUCGAAACAUUUCUUAUUUUCACAGUUAACUUAUCUAAGUCCCUUCUCAAGUGACAGCAAACUCAUCACGAACAAAACUAAAAACUCCAGAUUGUUAUAUACGUAAUUGUGACAUAUUUAACAGAGAAUAUAGAUGCUUUUAAAUCUAUUGGUCUAAAUUCUAUUAUCGUUUAUCUAUAUUAUGUGAUGAAACAUUUUACAUUGCUACGGAGAAAUUACAGAAAAUUUUAAUUUAAUAGCUUUAAACGUUCAUUAACGGUGACAUCUUUAACUCAAAAUUAGAUAUACUAUUACUAUUGGCUAAAAAACAUAUGAAUUUGGUGUAUAUAUUUAAGAACGCCUUUAUUUUGAAUUACUGUAAUAUAGAGAAAAGGGUCUGCACAAUAUUUUCUUUUGUAUAUUGAAUAUUUUGUGUUUGUGACAUGGUGAUAUGUAUUGCUAGCUUUGGUGCGUGUUACAUAGUGCUAUACUGAUCGGCGUUUUGGUUAUGGUAAAAUGAACAUUACUAAAAACAAUAAAGUAUUAGCAUCA